AUGAAGUACUUGUUUCUAUUGUGCACAGGCAUAACCGAAGUUUUUGGUCAUGCCAGAGUUGGCGAAGGUGGCGAUGCGCUGUGCGUCUUCCCCCGGCCUCUUGCACACCCUUCAAUCUGCAGCAUCAAGGAUGUUGUAGAUCCGCUCACCACCAUUCGGGACUGGAUGCAGUCCAACUCCUCGGCAAUAUCAGCACGUCCUCUCUGGACGGGUGUCUCUCGAUGCUUCAGAGGUCAGGUUGAUUCGCCCGAAUUCUGCAUUUACGUCAAGGCAGACUACGGAGGCAAAGGCAUCGCUAUCAUCACCGAGGCCGAGGGUGCCAAUCAUGUUGCCAAGAGCACGGGCUUUACUGAACCAAGCUCUCUACUCGGUGCUAAUCAGGUGCUGUCAAAAGUCAAGGUUGCCACUAUCCCGGGCAAAGAGUACGGUCUGGUAGCUACCGAACGAAUUGCCCAGGGUGAAGUGAUUCUGAAAGAGACAGCCAGUCUGCUGGUUGAUUACACAGCACUCGAUUGGAUGCCCCGGAAGCAGCUAGAGAUCAUGCGAGCUCAUGCUGUCAACCUGUUGAAUACACGUCAUCGGAGUCAGAUCAUGAACUUGUCCACCCACGGAUAUCAUGGGGAUGAAGUAUCCACGGUCAGCGCAAUCGCCAAAAACAACAUGUUUUCUAUCAGCACGAACAGCACUUCUCGCCUGAAUCACGAUUGCCGUCCCAACCUCGACUACUGGUUUGAUCCUCGGACACUAACACAACGUACAACCGCGCUCCGGGACAUCAUCCCCGGCGAGGAGCUCACCAUCAGUUAUGUUGAGCCUUUGCAACAUCGGCACGACCGACAGAAUCGUCUGUACUCCAACUGGGGCUUCAAUUGCAGCUGCCACUUCUGUACGCAGUCUCAUCUCAUGACGGAAGCCUCGGACAAGAGAAUCACACAAGCUCAUUCUCUCCUUGAAGAGUUGAAAGACUACUCGGCCGAGUCACAUGCCACGCCACAAAUGGCUGAGCUUCUGAUAUCGCUGUAUGAUCAAGAGCAUAACUGGAGUUUCCUUAGCGAGGCGUAUAUGCUCGCUGCGAUUGAGUAUAAUGGGGUCGGGGAGCCGUGGCUUGCAACAAAGUAUGCUAGACUGGCGAUCGAUGCUGGGCUUCUCUCUCUGUGGGAAGACCAUAGACACGUUAAAGACAUGGAAGACCUCGCAGGGGAUCCAUGGUCACAUUGGAGUUGGAUGAUGAGAAAGCACUAA